GGAUCGGGGCAGCGCGGCUUUUGGAAGGCGGCGAGAGGCGAGAAGCGGCGGCGGGCAGCCCUGCGCGGCGAGAUCGUGUUUUAUUGCUUGUUUGGUGUGUGAGAGAACAAAAAAAAAACCUCUAAAAGCAACAUGAAGUACGCCAUUGUCUGUCUGCUGCUGGUGGGCAGCGUCUUUGCUGCCGAGGAUGACGAUAAGAGGGAAGAGGUGGGGACGGUGGUUGGCAUCGAUUUGGGAACCACUUACUCCUGUGUCGGUGUCUUCAAGAACGGACGUGUUGAGAUUAUUGCCAACGAUCAGGGCAACCGGAUCACGCCCUCCUACGUGGCCUUCACUCCGGAAGGGGAACGUCUCAUUGGCGAUGCAGCCAAGAAUCAGUUGACUUCAAACCCCGAGAAUACCGUCUUUGAUGCCAAGCGUCUGAUCGGGAGAACGUGGAACGACCCUUCGGUGCAGCAGGAUAUCAAGUACCUGCCUUUCAAGGUUAUCGAAAAAAAGACCAAGCCAUAUAUCCAGGUGGAUAUUGGAGGAGGCCAGACCAAAACCUUUGCCCCGGAAGAAAUCUCCGCCAUGGUUUUGACCAAGAUGAAAGAAACCGCUGAAGCCUACUUGGGGAAGAAGGUCACCCACGCUGUGGUCACUGUGCCCGCGUACUUCAACGAUGCUCAGCGCCAGGCCACCAAGGACGCCGGCACCAUCGCUGGAUUGAACGUCAUGAGAAUCAUCAACGAGCCCACUGCAGCUGCUAUCGCCUACGGCUUGGAUAAACGCGAAGGAGAAAAGAACAUCCUCGUCUUCGACUUGGGCGGCGGGACUUUUGACGUGUCUCUCUUGACCAUCGACAACGGGGUCUUCGAAGUGGUGGCCACCAACGGGGACACGCACCUGGGAGGAGAAGACUUCGACCAGCGGGUGAUGGAGCACUUCAUCAAACUCUACAAGAAGAAGACCGGCAAGGACGUCCGCAAAGACAACCGGGCGGUCCAGAAACUCCGGCGAGAAGUGGAGAAGGCCAAGAGAGCGCUUUCCGCUCAGCACCAGGCCAGGAUCGAGAUUGAAUCUUUCUUUGAGGGCGAGGACUUCUCGGAAACCCUCACCAGGGCCAAGUUUGAAGAGCUGAACAUGGAUCUUUUCCGCUCCACCAUGAAGCCUGUCCAGAAGGUUCUAGAGGAUGCAGACCUGAAGAAACCCGAUAUUGACGAAAUUGUCCUUGUUGGGGGCUCCACCCGGAUUCCUAAAAUCCAGCAGCUUGUCAAGGAGUUCUUCAACGGCAAAGAGCCUUCCAGAGGCAUCAACCCUGACGAAGCCGUGGCUUAUGGUGCUGCUGUCCAAGCCGGCGUCCUUUCUGGCGAUCAGGAUACUGGUGACUUGGUGCUACUUGAUGUGUGUCCCCUAACUUUGGGCAUUGAAACUGUGGGGGGCGUCAUGACCAAACUCAUCCCAAGGAACACCGUGGUCCCCACCAAGAAGUCCCAGAUCUUCUCCACCGCUUCUGACAACCAGCCAACAGUGACCAUCAAAGUCUACGAAGGAGAACGCCCCCUCACAAAGGACAAUCACUUGCUUGGCACUUUUGACUUGACCGGCAUCCCGCCUGCCCCGCGGGGCGUCCCUCAAAUCGAGGUCACCUUUGAGAUCGACGUGAACGGCAUCCUGCGGGUGACGGCGGAGGACAAAGGCACGGGCAACAAGAACAAGAUCACCAUCACCAACGACCAGAACCGCUUGACGCCCGAAGAGAUCGAGAGGAUGGUCAACGACGCGGAGAAGUUUGCCGAGGAGGACAAGAGGUUGAAGGAGCGCAUCGACGCCCGCAACGAGCUGGAGAGCUACGCCUACUCGCUGAAGAACCAAAUCGGCGACAAGGAAAAGCUGGGGGGCAAGCUGUCGUCGGAGGAGAAGGAGACCAUAGAGAAGGCCGUGGAGGAGAAGAUCGAGUGGCUAGAGAGCCACCAGGAGGCCGACAUCGAAGACUUCAAAGCCCAGAAGAAAGAGCUGGAGGAAGUGGUGCAGCCCAUCGUGGGGAAGUUGUACGGCGGGGCGGGUCCUCCCCCCGGCGGGGAAGAAGAGACGGCGGAGAAGGAUGAGUUAUAGGCCUGUCCCGGCUUUUUUUUGUUG